UUUUUCGCACAAAUGUUUGACUUUUGAGUUUUGAGUGAACAUUAAAAUUGCUGUGAAAUUACUUACGUCUAUAAUUUAGUUUUUCGUUUUGUGUUUAGUUUAAAGUCUUCAUAAAACUAGUGUAAAGUAUUAUAUUAUGACCUUUAUUUGAAUUAACUAAACUUUAAAUUCAAUUUACAGCAAGUAUUAGCUAAGUAAACAGCGUGUUAUUUACGAUUAAAGGACGCGUGAAUAAGAAUUUCAUUUUGUUAGAUUAAAAAUUUAUUCUUAAUAAUUUUGUGUUAUAACUAUGGAAGUAUCGAAUGAAAUAAAAGAAGAUAUUCGACGAACCCAAACAUUGCUAAAAAAUGCCAUUCAAGUACAUCAGAUCUGGGUAGCGCGUCUACAAGAAGACGAAAGUAAUUCAGACUUAAAAAAUAAAGUAAAUGAAGCUGAACAGGAAAUAGUAGCUAUAGGACGCUCCCAAAAAUUAGUGGUGGAUAGACUGCGAAGAGAAUUAGAAUUGUAUCAACAAAGACUUAGAGCAAAAAAUAAACAAGUCAGUAUAGACAAAGACAAUAAUUAUAUUGCUCAACAACUACGUGAUCAUCAAUUACAAUAUAGAAACAGGAAUCGAACAACAUCUCUCCUCAAACCCUCAGUUCUUAAUGAGAUUCAAAUAAAAACUGAAAACACUAAUGAACAUCUUAAUGUGUCAGAUACAGAAAAUGAAACAAAGCCACUUGACCAUGACCAAAUAAACAAUGAUGAUGUCCACUGUAAAGAGAGUUUUGUGAAAAAUUUUCCACAAUUGCAAAAUUUAGUUCACAGUGAAAACAGCAAUUUUGAAAAUGCGCUGAAUAAAGUUAAGGAAGUUUUUCUGGGAACAAAGUUUGACGACAAUGACUGGCCAGAUAGGACGGAUUCAGAUUCUUCAGCUCUUAGUGAACCAUCACUGGUCUCGUCACCACCCCCUUUGCCCCAACCUGGUGAGCCAGUGUCUAAAGAAAUAUUCAUGAGGGCCCUUGGAUUGGUGACGCCUUCACAAAAGGAGUUAAUGGAGAAAAGAUUAAAUGAAUGUCGUAAGAGAUCGACGAGUGCCAAUAGAAGUGAUUUUGUAUACGGCAGUUUUGAUAUGAUUUCUAAGCGUAAGAAACUAAACCAUUUUCCAUAUCUCCAAAACCACAACGACCCGCCCCAGACCCGUUCAGCGAAACUAAGGAAACAGAAUCAGAGCAAAUCAUCGCGGGAAGGCUCGCCAUCAAGUUCCACAGAUAUUAAAGCUUGGGGCAACAAACCACCAUGGCUAUCAACACUCCCCACUGGAUUGUCAGUAGAACCUGUAUUUUCUACGAAGAAAGUAUGUCAUGGGUGUGGGAGAAAUGAUGUGCCGUCCCUGCUGGUUUGGUGUAGCGCGUGCUCCGUGUGGCAGCACACGGGGUGCGGGGUGGGAGGGCGCUGUGCGGGGUGCCGCGCCCCUCUGCCCGAGCCCACCGCCGCCCCCUCGCCCCACGCACCCCACGGUCACAAACAGCUCUAUACAGAUAAGUUAGCAGAACGCAAACGCCUUCAAGAACGGAACAUUGAGCUCUGCGUGGAGCUGCGUAAACUAGAAGCUCGCGCUGCAUCAUUGAAGGAAAACCUCGACGAGCAUAACGCAGAGAAGAGACAGCUUCUGGCUGACCAGAUCAAGACGCAGAGGAACCUUCAGAAAUUGCUGGACUUCAUCAGUCAGUUCAAGGAGACGUCGGUCAGUGUCAGUGAAUCGGGGAGUGAAGUCAGCAAGAGUAAUGAGGAAUAGAUAUUGUGAUUCCAGUGUUACGUAUUAUAAGAUUUGUUGAUUACAUUUAAGUUAAUGAUUCGAAUAUCAAUUCUACUUUAUUUGUCAAGUUUUUGAUUUUAGAAUUUUAUUUAAGUUUCAAAUGUUUUAGACUUAGGGAAAUUACGAACGAGCUAAUACUAUAGACAAACAUAGCCUUCAAAAAUUCAUCCAUCGGAAAAAAGGGCAUAAGUCAAGCGGGUUUUUAUAUAAAAUGGGCGCUUAAGACGUUAUUUGGAUAUCUAAUGCCUUAUUCAUAAAUCGGAUAAUUGCGCCGUUGUAACUAAAGUACACUUCAGCUGUUUUUCUUCACUUUAAACAGAAUAUGAAAGAGACGAAAGUGUAUUUUAGUUAAGUGUAGUUAAAGCAAAUAAGAUCGUCGUGUAGAUACAAAAAAUCACCAAUAUUAAAAAUAUGUUAUGUGGGUACCCACUUCUGUACAUUUUUUAAAAAUACGAAUGAUUAAUUUGAUUUUUUUUUAUUUAAUCUGAAUAACUAUAAGCUACCAAUUAUUGAUUGUCUACCUUCAGUCUACAUUUUAUAAAAAAAUAUACAAAUAAUCGCCUCAUGCCCCCUCGGGAGCUUUACACACUUGCUCGUAGAGGGCAUGUGCUAUUUUGGAACAGAGUUCUAUAGUAUUGCUUUUGGUUAUCAAGGAAUAAAUUAAUACGCCUAUAUAAAACGUGGAAAAGAAAACUUUGUGUUUGUUGGUUGCCAUAUUUAUCUUUCACUACCUAAUAAUGUGGGCAUGUAGAAAAUUUCAACUGAAAACUUGUUUUAUUAUCCUACCAAAACAAUUUUUGUUUAAUACCCUCUUUUUUUAGAAAUUAUAGCCAGAUAUUUAGUCUUAUUUUCGGGCACAAAUUUUUUUAAACGUAUCAAUUUUCAAUUCUGUAUUUAAAGCUUUGACCAAAGAGUAUAUUCACUAAUAACCAUAGAUAACAACUGGUACUGUCUUUAGUCUACGUUUUAUAAUAAGGCAAUUUAAAUUCAUGUUUCUGUCAAAUUAUGUUGACUUAGACAGGAAUGACAGAGUUUUUUAAAUAUAAGGCGGUGUUAUAUUAGUUAAUCAAUUUGUAAAGGUCCAUUAUUUUUGGAAACAAUUUAAGGUUAUUGAAUUACAUAAUCAGAAAUAGGAGAAAAGUGUUCAAAUAAUUCUUAACUAGAAAUAAGUAGUUUUAUUUUAUACUUUUCGUAAGUUCGUAGUACAAAUUUUAAUGAAUUUGUAAAAAUUGAUCUCUGUGAUAUGAUUAAGUUUUUAAUGAAAUAUUUGUAAAUCCAAGGUUUUACGUUAAUAAAAUCGUAUACGUUGGCAA